AUGGCGGCGGCUACAGCAGAUCUAACGCCGCUCCAUCUUCGAGCUCGAGCAGCAAGACAUUGGCAACAGAAUCGCAUGUCAGGCUACAGUCUCCGCCUCACCUGUCGGAUCCUCCAACUCAUCUCGGCAAUCAUCAUCCUGGCAAUAUACAGCAUCGACCUCCAGCACUUCACCACCACAAACAAUCGCGCCCCAGCAUCUUUCGCCUUCGCUGAGGUAUCGGCCGGUCUAUCGAUCUCCCUAUGCACGGUGCACUUCUGGUGGAUCUUAAGGAGUACUUGGUGGUGUAUCCCAGAAUUCAUGCUGGCCGUGCUAUGGGCAGCACAGGCGGGUGUCUUCGGCAUGAUCUACCUCAGUGACACCACCACCCUAGACGAAGAGGACAAGGCGAGAUUGGGGAGAAUGAAAGCCGGAAUCGCAUUCGGACUCAUCAGCAUGAUUCUGUGGCUGGUCAGCUUCGUGCAGAGUCUGGUUUGGGGAUGUCAGAGGCGGAAGACGAAAGCUGGGAUCAAGAGGGAAGUGUCAUUUCAGAGGGCUUUGGAGGGGUUGAAGGAGCAGAGGAUGGUUGAGAGUGUCGAGUCGUCGAGGUAUGAGCCGGUGGAGAAUGACGUUGAGCAGGAAAGGAAGCGGACGGGAUCUGAGGGAGGAGAUGCAGACGUUCAGGAUGCUGUGCAGCCUCCUGCUUAUCAGGCUGUCGUGCAUGAUGUGCUUCCGUCGCCGGAACGGUGUCAGCUUGAGGUGUUGACGAAGUGGCAGGGUAGAGGUGGUGCUUGA